CAAUGCUGAACGGAGCCGACGAGUGGCGUGCCUUCGUCUGACGGACUGCUGGCCCAGCUGAGACCACCAACGCUCAGGUCAGCGAAGCACGGUUCAACUGGCACAUUUUAUAUCGAGAAAUGAUAAAGAAAUGCAAGCCAAAAGAAUAGCGCACAAGACGCGGUCUUGGAUCUCUGCUUCUCUGCCCUGUUUUGAAGUUUCGCCAUAAAGAAAAGCCUCUUUGCUUCGAGAGACAGCCACCAUAGUCUCUCUCCGCUCCGGUAUGCACAAACCGACUUCUCGGGGCAGUACCUGAUUCCCGCUUAUGCAUGUGAUCUGAUUCUCAUAGGAGUAACCCAGGUGGCAUAAUUGCUUGAUCCUGGGCUGCCAGCACCAGCACCAGCACCGUUCCUGACCCGAGAAGAUGUUCUCCUUCAAGUCCAGGUAGAGUAUUUAGUUUCUUCCCCGAGUUUUCUUAUCCAAAUCAUCGGAUCAUUUCUUAUCUGUUGGCCAACAUGAAUCAUGGUUGUGGUUCCAUGAAAUUUAGGUUUCUGUCGAAUUUCUUAUGUUGUUAUUUCUUUGUUUCGAUUACUGUCAACAAUCGAUGAACCCAGGGGCUUUGUUUUAUGUUCACAGCGCCAAGUCGUCUUCCAGUGGGAACCAAGUUUCCACGCCGCGCUUCACUGAGGAAUCAGAUAUGCACGAGCAGUUGAACAAGUUGCAGGAGGAGCUGGAAAGGGAGAAAGAGGAGAAGGUACGUGCACUGGAUCAGAUAGAGGAGUUCAAGAAGAAAAGCAGUAAGAAGAAGAAGCUAAAAGGGAGUAGCGGAGACGAUCAGUUAGACCUUGCACGCAGAUUAGAGCAGUUGGAAGUUGAGCUGGAGGCAGCAAGGGAUUCGGAGAAGAACAUGCUAGUGUCGCUGGAGGCCCAAACAAAGCAGCUUGAACAAACCAAGGUAUCUUUGGAGGAGGCCAAGCUUGAGAUAGAUUCGCUUCAAGACAACAACAAGAGCUUGGUUGCACUGUCCUCUAAUCCAAGUAGACAGCCAGCCAGGAAUUUCAGAAGAAGGGGUGUAAUGUCCUUCUCCUUUGCCGAUCCUGCUGAGGUGGAGACAUUCUCAUUACAGCGUGACCUCAAGUUGGCUGUCGAAGCUGAGGAGAAGUGCAAGAAAGCCAUGGAUGACUUGGCGAUAGCCUUGACGGAACAAACCACGGCAGCUAGAGAGGCAAAAAUGGAGCUCUCGAUGGUGCAAGCUCAUUUAAAAAAUGCAACAACUGAAUUGGAGAACUCAAAGGCCUCUCUGGAAAUCAUGGAAGAAAAGCUCCGGUUGGCACAGGAAGAGGCUGCCAGACUGAACUUUGAGUCGGAUGAGUUGGCAGCAGCCUCAAAAGAGAAAGAGAGAGGACUCAUCGAUUGCAUCAAGAUAUUUGAGGGGGAGAUGAACAAAGCAAAAGAAGAGAAUGACAAACUGUUUGAAUCACAGAGAGUGAUCAGAGAUGAGAAUUCCAGGCUGAGGGAAAUGCUGAAACAUGCGGUUAAUGAAGCCAAUGUAGCAAAAGAAUCCUUGGAGAUUGCCAGGGUAGAGAAUUCUCAGCUUCAAGAAGACAUGUCUGAGAAAGAGAAUACCUUAAAGAGCAUCGUGCAAGAAUACGAGUCCUUGAAGGUAAGUGAGGCUGCUGCACAGAGUAGCAUUAAAGAAUUGAAGGACAUGAUUGAUGCUAUGUUCAGUUCGGAGUCGGCCAAAACCUCGGCAGAAGCAUCACCCAUAGAUGCCAAGGGAGGCGACGGGAAAGGAAGAUAUGUGGCAGCAGAUAAUAUGUACUCUGAUGUUGAAAGCUCUCCUCGUUCAAAGGAUAUUAGGAGUCCUGCAAGGCAGCAAAAGAGGACGAUUCUUAGGAAAUUUGGUGACAUAAUGAAGAAAAGAAACCCUCAAACUCAAAGUGUAAUCUAGCAUCCUCAGGCACCAGGCAGUGACUAAAUACAAGUAUACACUCUAGAUUCCAUUUUGUUUCUUCAAAUCCCUUGUUAGUUGUAAUGCUUGACAAAAUGAGAUGUUCCAAGUGCGGAGAAACCCUUUUAUCCAUUCAGUUUUACAGAUGUAAAUUACAGAGAAUGUAACAUAUAUGCAAAACAUACAGGUAGUGAAAAUAUGAAACCGGCAUA